UCGCACAUAAUUGCAUCUGUAAACCCUAGAACUUGAUUCAAAAUGUAACGUCGAGCUCCCCCCAACUCUCCUGUACCCAAUCAAUCACGGCCGUUAAUCUUUCAAUUCCAAGAUCGACGUCAUCCUGCCGGUAACAGUCGGAGAUUAUUCCCAUUCUUUUUUUUUCUUUUUUUUUUUUAAAGACUUGCAUUUCGCCAUUUGGGAAACUCCCGAGGCUUGAUUUUUCGCUGAAUCUACCCUCCGCUCGGAUGCUAAUUUUGUAAGCACAUAUCUAAGUUUCUGUUUCUUUCUUUUUAUUUUUCCCACCAAUUAAUAUGCCUGUAAAAUUUGUGUCUUUUUUCCCCCCCUCUUUCUGGUGCUUUUGGAAAAGCCAAUUUUAAAUAAAAUAAAUAAAUAGAAAAAAAGGUGAAUUGGUUGUGCUCACAGACGAGAAUAUUAGCUGAGGUGUUGGUUUUGGAAUAAAUUUGAGAGUGAAGAUGGAGGGUGGAGGCGGAAUACAUGGAGGCCAAGCGGGAACGAUGCACCAGCAAGUUCAUUACUUGGAAGAGGAAGAUCAUCAUCAUCAUCAUCAUGUCCUGCACCAUAUGGGUAAUGGUGGCCAUAUAAUGAACCAUCAUGGUGAUGAGCAUGAAGAUACUGGUAGUGGUGCAGUUGUUGGUGGAAGUGAAUGUAUGGAUGCUGAUGUUUCAACUGAUCAGGCGACUUUAUCGGAUAACCAUAGUGCUUUGGUGCCUCCUGGUGCCAGUGGCAGCAUUACUAAUGACAAUAAUCAGCUCACACUCUCUUUUCAGGGCCAAGUUUACGUCUUUGAUUCUGUCUCUCCCGAAAAGGUUCAAGCUGUGCUUCUUCUGUUAGGGGGUCGUGAAGUCCCUUUGAAUGUGCCUACUAACCCAGUAAGCACUCAUGGUAAUAGGGGCAUAUCUAGCACUCCAGAGAAGUUCAAUGUGCCUCAGAGGUUAGCUUCAUUGAUCAGAUUUCGGGAGAAGCGGAAAGAACGAAAUUUUGACAAGAAAAUUCGUUACACUGUUCGUAAAGAGGUUGCUCUUAGGAUGCAACGGAAUAAAGGUCAAUUUACAUCUUCAAAACCCAGUAAUGAUGAUGCUGCAUCAGCUGCUUCAAGCUGGGAUUCUAAUCAGAAUUGGGGUUUGGAUGCCAGUGCAUCCCAAAAUCAAGAGAUUUCCUGUCGGCAUUGUGGGAUCAGUGAGAAAUCUACUCCAAUGAUGCGCCGCGGACCUGAAGGACCUAGGACUCUCUGUAAUGCAUGUGGACUUAUGUGGGCGAAUAAGGGAGCUUUGAGGGACCUCUCAAAGGGGGCUGGUGUGCAGGGACCAAAUUCUUCGCUUAACCAGAGUGAUGAGAACGGAAAUUUCAAAGCUGAUGAAACGGGUAUCAGAGUUGCGGGAAACGGAAAUGGAAACGGAAACGACUCGUCAUGACCACGUUCCCGAUCUUGUGACCAUGACCAGAAAUGUACGCUAGACUGGGUUUGAUGAGCCGAUAAAGCGUCUGGAAUUAAUUGUGUUGCGCAGAGACUUUACUUUGGAGUUACGGCUUUGGAUGUUUGUCGUCCCCGAGUUAUCAUCUCUGUAUCUGUAUGUGACGAGUUUAGUUGUUUCACUCAUCGGAUCUUUUCGUUGGUUUAUUUUAAGGCUCUUCAUAUUUUCAUGCUAUGUUAGUUUACUUUUAUUUAGAACAGCCAGCUCUGUGUUGGGUGUCUGAUGAGAAAAGGAGGAAAAGCAUAUAAUAUAAGCUUUGGAUGGAUUAGCUGGUUGUGCUGUGAACGUUGAAGCACUGGGCAUUGGCAGAAGUAGAAACCCCUUUUUGGUUGUGACAAUAACAAAUCCCACACUGUUUAUUUGUGGUGAUGGGCAUGGCUUCCUUGCUGUAAUUUACCAGCGAUCUGAUCUCUUGUGAUGGUUGAUAUUUUUUUUU